AUGCUAAACACAGAAAUCCCUAAUCCUUAAAAAAUUGAAGAAGCGUUUAACAUAAUUAUGAAUUCCAAAAAUCAAUAGAUUGGCAAAGAGGCAGAUACGUAUUUGAGAAAUUUGGAAUAAAAUUACCCAUACAUUUUAAUAUCAUUAUUUCAGAUCUUUGAGAACAGUUAGGUAUAUCUAAAUAAAUUCUAAGCAUUGCUGCUAAUAAAGAAUGUUAUCGUGAGAAAUUGGGUCAAAUUUUAAAUGAAAGACAAUCUAAGAAUAUAAAAUAUUUCAGAGGAUUUAAAGAAUCAUGUGAAGGAUAAAAUAUUGUAAUUUUUGGGGGUUGUUUAAGAUGAAAAAUAUAAGAAGGAAAUCAAUUUGAUUAUCUCCGUCAUAGCUAAGCAUGAUUUUCCAAAUAAAUUUUAAGGAUUAGUUAAUUACUUUGUUUAAGGUCUUUAAACUAUAAUCUAAAGUGGAUCCACUAAUUGCGCAUUGACUUACGAUUUAGUUUGCUCACUUAAAGUAGUUUAAUCUAGUGUGAUUUAAAAUAGAAAUACUGCCUUUAGAAUUUAAUAAGUGUAAUUCUCUUAGGCAAUUUGGAAUAAUCUAUUACUUCUUUGGAAGAAUAUCACUUAGAUUUAAUAGCAAGAGUUAUAAUAGAAUAUAAAUAACUAUUCUUUUGUUAACAACAUCUCAAAAAAGUUGGAUAGAUUGUUAUCAUUGUCAAUCAUGUCUCUAAACUAAGAAUAAGACUAUUAGAGAAAAAAUACAGUUAGUAUUCAUGUUGUUGUUGGAGAAAACAGCAUAUCUCCUAAAAAAUGUCCAAAAACAAAAGUUAUUGUAACCAAAUCUAAAAACUUUGAUUCAUAGUGUAGUAUCAUCUCAGGGUUUUCAGAUUACUUGCUUUUAUUAAAAUUAAUAAUAUAGAAUGAAUGGGAUGACAAAAGAGUUUUAAGGACUGGAUUAAUUGGACUCGUCAAGACUCUUAAAUCCUUAUUCUUUUUAAGGGAAGAGUAAUUUUAUAAUAAGAAACUUUAAGAAGCAAAAUCAGAGUAGGUUAGAUAAUCAAUUUAAUUGGCAAGUUAACUUUUUAAUUCGUUCUUUUAAGAAAAUAUGUAAUUCCUUAUUGAAUAACUAAUAAAAAUUGCCUCAGUCCCCACUGAUCUAAGUGACGAAGAAUUAAUUGAGUAAGAAGAAGACUUAACAAUUGAUGAUGCAAAAAAUGAGAUGCAAUGUCCAAUAUUUACUAUUUGUUUAAUAUGUCAUGAUUAGUUGAUGUUAAGAUUUCCAGAAUUAUUCAUUCAGAAAAUUACCUAAAUAAUGCAAUAAUUAAUAAACAGUAACUUUAAUGCAAGCUAAUAAAUAUUGGAGAGCUUUUUUGCAAUCUUAGGAUCCAUACCCAAGAUAACUACUAAAUUAAAAGUAUAACCAAUUUAAAUUCAACCAAUUUUAUAAUAUCUAAUAUAGAAAAAUACAAUUUAAAGUUAGAGAAGGUUUGCAUUCUUAUGUAGAAAUUAUAGCAAUUAUUUUACUGAUUCUGAAUUGCCUUAAAUUUUAGAAUAUGCUAGAUUGUUACUAAGCAACUCAUAAGAUUAGAUAGUUCAGUAUUAAACAUUAAUGUGCAUGAAGAAAAUCAUUAUUUGUAUGGGCCAAAACUUUGAUUAUAGAAAUAGCUAAUUUUUUGAAUAGAUUGCCCCUGUGAUUGUUAAACUAUUAUGCAAUCUCUAAAAAUCCAACAUUUUAUGGCCUUUGCUGUAGCUACUAGAAAAUCUCAUUUAAAAAUAUUCUGAAAUUAAUGUAAAUUCUAUGUAAAUUUUGGUUAAAGUAAUUGAAAAUUCUGACAUCAUUUUAUUAAUGAAAACUAAAUCAUAAUUACUUGUAGGAGCCUUAUGUGAUAUGUUUUUCGCUUUAUUUGUUUCUUUCCCUUUAGGAACAAAUUUAAGUCACUUAUAUUAAUUGGCACUAGUUUUGAUUGAUACUAAUAUAGACUCAAAAGAAAAUAACAUUUUCGAACUUUUGCAGUUUUUAAUCUAAGAAUAUGACCCUGCAUCAGAUAAUAAUUCCACGGGUGUUUUAUUUAACAAUUUGUACACCACACAUGAGAAGCUGUUUAUGGAAGAUACCGAAUUAAACCAUAUGUAAACUAUAUUAAGAGUCAUUGAAGAGCUAUAUCUCUCAAACCAUAUUUAGUUGUCCCCAAACAUUUUUAAUCUUCUUUAAGAAAAGUUAUAAAUUGCAUAAUAAAUUGAUUGUCAUGAUGCUGCUUUAAUUUUAAAGAAGAGCUCCAUAAGUUUACUGGAAACUAUAAUUUUGAAACAAUAUGAUAGUAUAACAGUGUAAUACUACUAAAAGAUUAUACUAUUUUUAAUCUAAGAAUUGAUUAAGUUAAGUGGAGGUGAUUAAGUUGACCAAAUGUAUUACACAAUUUAGUACAAGAAUAACAUUUUGGAGAUCCUAAAUAGAUUUAUCCUUAAAGAUUUAUCAAGUAUGAUUCAAGUAUUAAAUUCUGCCCAAGUGUCAUUAGAUUAAUAUUUUACUUUAUGGUAAGAGACAGCUUAACACAUAAUUAAUAGGGGGAAUAGGAAAAUAAAUGUAAUUACUUAGUUGUUAUUCCUAAAAUAUAUUUAAAAACCUACAUUUGAGAAAGUAUCUUAAUUUGUGCUUUAAGAAGCAUUUCCAGAAAUUGAUUAUGAUUUUGAGCUUAGAUCCUAAGAAUUCAGAGAAUUGCAAUAAUAAAACAAGAAGAAAUUAGCUAAUUCUAAAUAAACUAGACUAUCGAAAUAGUUUAGAAACAAUUUUAGGAAGGAAAUCUUAUAGGAAGCAUGUUUAUAUGAUGAAACAUUUAAUUUCAGGUCAUUCUUCUUUUAAACCAUAUAAGUAAUUAAAUUGAUAUUUUAUUAGGAAUGCAUGAAAUCUUCAUAAUUACUCUGA